GCGUUCAGUAGCGUAAUGACAGGCUCUGGCUCAUUUUAUGAUUGCUACAAAUCACAGAAUGAAGAUAGUAUAGACCUACCUCAGACCUACAAUUCUCCCCUUUCAACAUCAGAAUAUUCUGCACCUGUGGACUCUUCCCUUUUAUACACACCAUGGUCUAUAUACGGAGAUGAUACUAAGCAGUCUUCUGGUUCUCAGAUUAAUGUAAAGUCCAGGAUUCAGCCUGAAAGGAAUGAUUAUGGUAGUGAAACGGAUUUAUAUGGACUUGUGUCUAACAUCUUGGAAGAACAAGAUAAAUCACAGCCAUAUUUUGCUGAUGGGAGUUGCUCUUCCAACUUAAAGUCAGUAUGGCCUGUGAACACGACCAGAAUUCCAGACCACCACGACCUGUUGUCAGAAACUAAAAGACCGGUUGUAGCAGCUGUCUCACAACAGGCUUUUUAUGCUGGUGAAUCCACAUCUGCUGAAAAACAGUACCUGCAAAGUGGGAAUCUUGCAUCCCAACAGAAAGUAGAUGAAUGUUAUCAUGGGUUUACUGGCACAGACUUUGAAGAGCAGUGGUUAUACCCGUCUCGGAAUGAUCAUGCCACCUGUUACAACGUGCAGACUAAUGAGAAUAUUAAGACAGCACCCAUAUUACAGAACUAUCCAUAUGCUAAAAACACCUUUACACCUCAGGUUGGGUUUUCAGAAGUAAUCAAAGAGUCAGGAGCCGAUGCUUACUCUUACGGAAGAGAGAAGGUAUGUCCCAAAGGAGCAGAUGUGCAGUUACAUCAAAAGCAGGCAGAAACAUUUAUUCCGCAGUUUCACAGAUACAAUGAAAAUGCAGAUUAUAAUAGAUAUACUGAAUAUUCUCAUCCUAAUAAAGCAAAGCCUAACAAGAAUAGCAAUUGUAGUCUCCAAGAAAACAAAAAGUUAGUGAAUGGAACAACUGAGGCACCGUCUAUGGACACAGAAACCUAUACUAAAUUAUUUCAAGUUAAACCAGGAACUCAGAAAAAAAUGGAAGAUAUAAUUCCAGAUCAGCAAAACUUUACAUUUUCCAAGUCUGGAGGGCUUCUAUCAGAAAAACAGUUUGCAAACAAACCUUCAUUCUGUACUGAUUUGGGGCAAAAAUCAGAGUAUGGACUAAAAUCUCUUACAGCUUGUCCAGGAAAUAGUGACUGUGCAAAUGUUGUAGAAAAGCAGCAGUUUUCCAAGUCUGAUCUACAGAAUUCUGAAUACUGUAAAUCACUUACAUUAUUAGCAAACUCCGCAAACUCUUCAGCGGGUACUAAUGUAAGGCCAACUUGGAUGAACAUUCAAACUAAAACCACUGCUUCUGUCCCGUUUCAGAAUCCAAGUCCAUUGAUGAAACUGAAUAAUCAUUUAUCUGCUCUUUCAAAAAGUUUCAGUCAUUCGAAUGAUUUUCUUCAGUUGUCAUCUUCAAAUUUCCCUUUAAAUAGUAAUUUAUUUCACAAGUGCUGUCAAGAUAAUCCUUCAUUUUUUUCCAGUUUUGAUUUUGGUUAUAAUACCGCAGAUCGAGCUCAGUCUGCUGCUUAUGUGGAAUCACUAGUAAAGACUGGAGAAGAGAACCUCUUUGAGUCUGUAAGUGACAAGAAAUUAAAGCAGCCAAAUGGAUUCUGUGAAAAUUACUCAGCUCAACAGUUUGAGAUCACUGAAAAUGUAAACAAGCACUGUUUCCAGUUGAAGCCACAGAGUGGACAUUAUGAUCUGGACGAAGGACAAAAACAUGCAGAUGGGUUGCUGCAGAGCGCGUACCAAGAUUUAAUGGAGUCUCAGGGUCCAUUUAACCUCAGACAGGGAAGUGGAGACAGUAAUGCUGUCAGUCGUGUCACUCGCCCACAGGUUUCAAGCUUUUCCAACAAUUACAUGAUGGGUGCCUUGAGACAUAAUCAGCAGCUUGGUUCAAAUGGAUUCCCCUUGAGAUCAGCCCGUCCAUUUGGCCAUUCAGUUGUCCCUUUGAUGGAAUCUUACGGCUUGUUUUCCUAUGAUGAUUUAACUCAAUUCUAUCCUUAUUUUAAUGAUAUGAUGUACGGUGACAGUUCCUUUUCUGGUUUUGUGCCAGCAUUUGGAUUUCAAAGGCCAGUUAAAACUCGUAGUGGGCUUGCCAGUGAACUGUAUGUUAGACUAGAAGAAUGUCAUGAACAGUGGAGAGCUUUGGAGAAAGAAAGAAAGAAGACUGAAUCAGCUCUUGCUAAGAAUUACCCAGGGAAAAAGGUUUCCAGUUCUAACAACACUCCGAUCCCAAGGCUGACGUCAAACCCAUCAAGAGUUGACCGCUUAAUUGUGGAUCAGCUACGUGAACAAGCCAGAGUUGUGACUUUACUGGGAAAAAUGGAACGCCUUCGCAGUUCUCCCCUUCACGCUAACAUUUCUACUGCUCUUGAUAAACAUCUGGAGGUAAUUCACGUAGUGCAGUCACGUAGGAAAGAUGAAAUUGUAAAUGCUUCAAAUCGACGAAGGCAAGGAGCUCCCAGAUGCCAAGACGACAGAGAUGUUUUUGCUCUUGCUUUGGCAAUUAAAGAGAUGAGCAUAGCAACACGUAAAGUACGUACUACUCUCUGGUGCGCGCUCCAGAUGACCUUACCAAAAGCUACAGCUGGACAACUAGAUACAGAGAAAGCUCUUCAGCAGAUGGUACAAUGUGAAGACAAAGUGUGUGAAAACACGAACAGCUGCAGCGUCCUAAAUCAGAGGGCUGAAACCAGCAAGCGCUAAUGAAAUAUCAGUUGCAUGCAAGUGUGGAUUUGCAGUGUGGAUGCAUGAAGAGAUGAUACGCUAAAUCUUUUUACUUGUAAAGUUUGAACAACUAAUUUUCAUUCAUACUUAAAGCUGAUAUCUUGAUGAGAAGUUGAACUUGCUUUAAGGGCUCCUCGGGUUCUACUUAAACUGUUAACAUUACAAUAAUGUCAGUUAGGCUUUACAAUGCCAGUAUAUUGUAAAGCCUGACUGAUGAAAGUUAACUUAAAAAAUAAUGAGACUAAUUAACCAAUUAACAGCCAAAAUAUUAUUUCAGUUCUGCAGCUGGGCCCUGGUAUAAAACUCUUCUGAUAAGUUCUUUUAGGUUUGUUUUAGUAAGUAGGUUUUAAAAUAAUGAUUCUUAAAGACUGUAAUCUAAUGUACCAUACAGUCUAGUAUCAGACAAGAUUGUGAUGUAAAAGUGUCUUCCUUAUCAAACUAAUACCUGGAAACAGGAGGAAAACAAUGCUAGAAAUACCCAAUAUUCAUGUAAAAUUAAAUAUUUAAAAUGCUAAUAUUUAUGAAUUUGAGAUUUUAGAAUCCAAGUUUCUGAAAGGAAAUGCACCAGGUUCUACUAAAUUAGUGAUAUUAUAAAAUUGCUGUUGUGAAACCAUACAAUUUAGUAAAUAUGUUGAAAUCAUUUGGGUAUGUGCUUGGGAAGAAAAGACCUCUGUUUUAAAGUAUUUAAACAUAAUCAAAAUACAACAUGCACACGAUAUUAACCUUUAAAAAGCUGUGCAGCAGCUGAAAUAAUGAGUAUUGGUUUUAAUACCUUCACUUUAAAAUUUGAAAAGAGGGUAUCACAAAGUUAUGAGAUUUAGAUUAUUUUUAAAGUUACUCUUUUGCUAGUUUGGUUUGAGAUUUGGUUGUCAUAUUUUACAUUUAUUAGUUUGCAUCUGUAUUUUUGACAGCUAUUAAUGCUUGGGGUUUAUCUGCAUAUCUUAAUAUCUUUGUACUGAAUAAAAUAACUUAUUGAUAUGAAAUGUUGAUAUUAUGUGGCUCAGGAGAUAACAGGGUUUUAACAAUUCUAGCAUCGAGUUUAACUAUAAUGUGUGGAUUAAAUUUAUUCAACUAUCCUUGCCUAGAUACAUUGACAUUUUAAAUGUCUGUGUUCUUCUUACUUCUAGAAAUCCUGAUGUGCAAAAGGUGUAAUCACACCACAUAAAUUGUCAUUAGAUGAUGUGAGAAAGAAACUGAAUGAGAAUGCAGGAGAAACUAAAGUAACCAUUUUGAUCACUGAUAUGACCAAAAAUACUGCCAGAGUGAAUUUAGUGGGGCAGGAGAACAAAGUACAUCUUCAUAGCACAAGUCACAGCAUUAAGAUUUGUUAAGUUAAACCUAGGACAUGUUGAUGUUAAAAACAAUACUGUACUGAAUUUAGUCUGU